ACUCUGGGCUCAGUUGCCCGUCGGACACGGUCUCUAUCGGAUCGUUUUUUGAGAAUUUUUUAUUUUUAUUUUCGGUUGUUGUGGUUGUUCACGUUCGUUCGUUCGUUUUGAUCAUUUUGGAUAACUUCAGGCCUCGUGUGGAAAUUUGUGUUUGAUUUGGUAAACGGAUUACCUUUGAUUAGUUGGAUUCCAGGAGGUGAUCGUGUGUGUGUGCUGUUUUAGUGGUGUGGUGGUUGAAGGUUGUUGUGUGUGUUUGUUGUUGCAACAACUCGGGUUUUUUUUUUUCGAGACAGCGAAGGACGCCCAGCAUUUUAUUUGUUCGACAAAAUUUCGGUAUUUUUUCGUUACCAUAUCGAGUGCGAUUGUGCUGUGCUGUGUGUGUGUAUGUUUGAUUACAUUUUCCAGAAGACUGGUUCCGAUACUGUUUGUCCGCGCGUGAGUGUGCGACAGUGAUGUGUGGUGCGGAAGUGAUUGCCCCCGUUGGCGGAAGAGAAACCUCCGGCACUUAUCACCAAUCAAGAGGAGAUGCGUAAAUUCCGACUCGUGGCCGGAUUGGGUCGCCAGCCGACGCAGCAACAACAACAACAACAACAGACUCAACGAGAACAACGAGAGGUGGGAAUUGUAAAUGGCGGUGGUGGUAGCCGCGUCUUGGGUGUCACCAGCAACGGACCGGAGACGGCCGCUUCGCUCCUAGCGGCCGGACUCGACGCUCGAGCCGCUGAAUUGGCGUCGGCCACUCCUCUGCAACGGGCCGCGGCCGAAGGCCACGUCGAUAUCGUCCACCAACUCCUCAAACACGGAGCUGACGUCAACCACCAAGACGCGCUGCACGGCAACAGCGCGUUGCACGAGGCGGCCUGGCGGGGCUACUCGCAGACGGUGACGAUCCUGACUCAACAAAAGGCCAACGUCAACGCCGUCAACCGGGCCGGCUUCACGCCGCUCCACCUCUGCUGCCAGAACGGCCACAACGAAACGUGUCGCGUCCUCCUCUGGGCCGACGCCAAUCCCGACGCCAAAAAUCACUAUGGCGACACGCCGUUGCACACGAGCGGUCGCUACGGUCACGCGGGAGUCAUGCGCAUCCUGGUCAGCGCCCAGUGCAACGUCUCCGAGCAGAACAAGAACGGAGACACGGCCCUGCACAUCGCCGCCGCCAUGGGCCGUCGCAAGUUGACUCGGAUCCUCAUCGCCGCCGGCUGUUCCACCAACGUCAAAAACAAGCAAGGGGAGUACGCCGUGGAUAUCGCCCGCCGGAAGGAAUUCCACGAGAUUGUCGGCAUGCUCCUGAAAUCGGCUAAGGUCUCCGGGGCCGGAAGCCUCCACCACGGUGGGGCCGCCCGCGGCUCUUCAUCGGCUCACGCUCACGACCGGAGUAAAAACGGCAGCGCCUCCAAGUCGACGAAAUCCAAGAGGGUCAAGACGGACAGCGCCACCGCCUCCAGCAAGGACGGAAGUCGGAGCAACUCGGCCAAGCCCAAAGAAAGGAAAAGGAGGAAAGAGAAACACGGAUCGCCCAGCAGCGAGUCGGCCGGCAAAAUGGUCAACGGACUGGUCGUCAACUCGCCGUACGGAUGCCACGACAAUCCGGAAUUGGCCAAAAUGCUCCACAAGAAAUUGAACGCCCUGCCGGACAAGCCGUUGAAGAAAGGCGAGCAAUACUUUCUCGAUCUGUCCGGCAAGAUUCAAAAGGGUCCGGUGGGCGUGCCGACCUGCUACUGCGGCCCGGUCCUCCACCGAUUGGAGUGCCGACUGGCCAAAGACAAGCAGGAAAUCCUGCACCGGCUGGAUUCGGCUCAUCUGAGGCUGGACGCCAAGAUCGACGGGCUGGAGCGCAACACCCAGCAGCAGCUGCAGGGACUCCAGCGGACGGUGGACAGUCUGGGACUGGAGAGCAGCGCCGCCGGAUUGCAGCGGGUGCGCAACAGCAUCGUCAUCGACGAUCCGGGCCACGCCACUCCGCCGCUGCCCAACUGCCUGGAACUGGUCAGCAAUAAUUCGACGACGUCGCAUUCCCACCGCGACUCGGACGAGACGGCCGACGUCCACCAACAUCCCUGGAACAACAAUCAAAAGAUGAACAAACCUUCGACCAAGAAGAACAAGAAAUCCGCACCUGGAACAACAUCCGGAGUGGAUGAAUAUCAAAUCAUCCAGUCAUCUCAACCGCCGAUCGAGACGGGCCACGAAGUCCAGUACACGAUGGACAGGCUGGGACUGGAUUCCGGCCAGCAGGAGACGGCCAACAACAAGCAGCAAGCCCUCCAGGCACUCAAGAAUCGUCUGGCAUUGACCAGGAUCCAGGAGCAGCUGGAACUGGACGCCAUUGUCGAGCACUACGAGCGCCGGAAUCACGUCAACGGCUUCAACGGCCACGGAAUCAUCGAAGAUGCGGAAGAGGAAGAAGAAGAAGAGGAGGAAGAAGAAGAAGAAGAAGAUGAAGAGGAAGAAGAAUCGGAAGAAUCGGAAGACGAAGAUUUAAUCCUUCCACCUCCGGCCAUCAUCAGUUCGGAGAAAGCUUCCAUGCUCUCCGAUUCCAGGUACGAGAACUACGAUUAUCCGGCGUCCAUUACGAAACCGCUGCCGUCGUACGGAUUAACCGCGUCGUCUGCUGGGCCUCCUCCGCACCACCACCAACCGAGCGGAGGAGGAGUUGCUAACGGUUCCGGGAUCCUGACUUACCGCAAUUUGCCCUUGCCGCGCUACCACCUGGACACGACGACCGGAUCGUCGGGGACAGAGUCGACGACGACGAAAUUGUUUAAUGGAAUGACGGCCACAACUACCACCGUGGUGGACAUUCAUCAUCACGCCGGAGGCGGCGGAGGCAAUGGCGGAAUCAUCCAGCCGGAUCAUUCGCCGGCCAACAAUUUGCUGGGCGUCAUUAUCGAUCCGGUUCUCUACGCCCGCCAUUUCGCCGGCCAUCACGAUCUGAGAGUUUAUCAAGACGAUCAAGAUCGACACAACGAUUCCGGCUACAGUACAAGGCCCGGAGAAAGUUCCCAAGGGCCGUCUCCGUCCCUGUCAGGGCCGGCCGAGUCGACGGAAGGCGACACGACGGCCAUCGACACGAUCAGCCCUCGAUCGACCCGUCGGAUGGAACAUUUCCAGUCGCAUUUCGCCCGCGAUUUGGCCCAGACGUUGCCGGCCAUGACCAACGGCUCUUCUUCGUCCAACGGCUAUUAUCACCACCAUCAAAAUGGCAAUGCCAACAAUGGGGUGGUGGCCUACCCUCGGGUCAGGUUUGCCGUUCCAGACCAUGAGCAAUCUCACUUCCCACCGGGAACAAUCAGUUCCUCGAGUCUGGUAUGAAAACCCAAAUUAUUUUUCAUUUCAAAAGAGAAAAAGAAGUUGAGAAUUUGAGGGAUAACAGUUCCAAGUCAUCGACGACUGUGAAGCCGGUGUUGUCAUUUUGAUUGUUUGAUUGGACAAUUUUUCUUUUUAAAGAAUAAAAAAAAAUGAAUUAUUAUUAUUAUGAUAACCAGUUCCUUUGUUUGUUUGUUUUUUUAGAAAUAAUGUACAGAAAUAUUUAAAAAGAAUUGCCAUGAGCUGUUAUAGUGUCCUGCCAACGUCUUGCUAUUUAAAAAAUGUUCAGAUUUAACGAAUGAAAUUUUGUGUGAUUCAAUCCCCCCUUAAUCAUUUUUAAUUGUGGAGUUUUUUUUUUCUUUUCAAUAUUUGUAAUGUAACAAGUGUCUAUGCUAGUUGGUUUCAUUUCGUCUCAUCUGUUCAUCCGACAUCCGUGUGUAUCUUUUGGUGUGGCAUGGAAAUGACAAUUGUUUAAAUCAAUAUAUUGAUCAAAAGAG